CACUUACCCGCAUUUUUGUAUUUUUUUGUGAUACUUAGCCCUCCCCAUACAAAAUUCCAGGCUACGCCACUGAGCUAGUGAAUGUGCACUUGUGUUAUAAACAGGAACCGCCCUGCGGCUGCAGCCUGCUGCGAUAAGUAAGAGCUCUUUCACACGAAGCCACCAUGGCAGCGCCACCAUGGUCGCGCCACCAUAAGAUAUUAAUAAUUAAACUAGCGUAUUCACACAUGGUGGUACCACCAAGUUGGCCGCGCCACUCAUAGGAGUUGUAGCGACCAGACAUAACAAACGCGCGACCAAAAUAGAAGCGCGACCAACUAAAUUUACAUAGUUCUAAUGUAAACACGCGUAAUCUUUUCAUUCGUAUCACAGCCAGUGGCGCGUGUUGACAUUUUUUAUUUUGCCAGUUUUUUUAUUUAACAUGGAUAACUUUGAUUCGGAAAAGUUUAUUAUUGAAAUAGAAAAUCGCCCGGCAAUAUGGAACUCUGCUUGUAGCGAUUAUUCUAAUCGUGAUAUUAAAAAGAAAUGUUGGGAAGAACUUACAGAUAUAUUUUCCUGUGAAGAAAACACAAUCCAAGAGAAAAAGGAAAUUGGAAUAAAUUUACAACGCAAAUGGAAAAGUUUACGUGAUUGUUUUUCAAGAGAAUUGAGCAGAAUUAAAAAACUUAAAUCAGGGUCUGAAACUUCCAGAAAAAAUCCAUAUGUUUACUACAAUCAGUUAUUAUUUUUAAAACCAAUUAUUCAAAAUAAACCCACAGAAACAAAUAUAAUACCAGAUGCUGAUGAAAGUGGAGAUGAUUUAGGAGGUCCUUUUAAUACUAAUGUAUUGAAUAACGAACCUAAUUCUAAGAAAAAAAAGGUUAAUCAAAGAAAUUCAGUUGAAAACGAAAUAAUUAACGCAUUACACCAAAGUGUAGAACUUCGUAAAGAACAAACGAAAAACUAUGAAGAAGACGCCGAUAGAUUGUUUUUAUUAUCUUUAUUAAAGCCUCUGAAAGAAAUACCUGAGCAUUUACGUUUUUCAGUUAAAAUGGAUUUAAUGAAAGUAAUAAAUAAUGCUCAAAUGAAUAUGCAAUCAGUUUCUUUAAGUAUGUCUCAUCAUCCUCAACAAUAUAAUCUUAGCAGCCAAAAUGUAAUGUCUCCAUAUACAAGUUAUCAUCCUAUAUAUCAAACAACCCAACUACAUUCAGAUACAAAUUCUCAAAGAGUUUUACAAAAUCAAUUCAAUAGUCAAAUAAGAUCUACAUCUGUAACACAACAUCAGUCAAGUACUUCAACUCCACUGCCCUCACCAAGCUUUGCUUCAACAGAAAAUUCUACAGACUCAUUUAUACAGACAGAUAUAUUCAACUAAAAUAAAUUAUAAUACUAAAAGUACACCAUCUAAUUUUAAAACAGAUAGUGGAUAUGUAUUGUGUUUUUUCAUUUUAAUAUGUCUAUGUUUUUAAUUUGUAAUAGGUAUUUUUAUAAUAAGGGUAUUAUAAUAUAGGUUUUGUAUUUGACAUUCAUCUUUAAAAUAAAAAUGUUUUAAGAAGAUCAAUAUUAUAGUUUAUUAAUAGCUUGUACGUACACGUAAGU